UCACUGGGCCAUGUCAUCAACGUCUCCCCAAAAAACACAAAUUUGAAAUUCAUACUUAUUAAACCGCCUACCUCUUCUGAUCUUCUCUCACUUUUAUUUUCAUUUAUCUGAAUCGACUCCAGUCUUAAUCUCGCCUCUCUCCCCGUUUUCAAAUUACAGAAUCGUCUCUCCUCUUUCUCUCUCUCUCUCUCCCCGAUCUCAAUUUACAAUUAAAGAGUUAUACUGAAUUUAUUGAUGGAGAAUUCGGAGACGAAAGACUGUGUCCGAGUCGCGGUGAAUAUCAGGCCAUUAGUAACAGCUGAAUUAGCUGUUGGUUGUACCGAUUGUAUCACCGUGCCUCCUGGUGAACCGCAGGUUCAGAUUGGAGCGCAUGCGUUCACGUUUGAUUAUGUUUUUGGUAGCUCUGGCCAACAUUCGUCGCGAAUUUACGAGCAAUGUGUUGCUCCUUUAGUUGAUGCACUAUGUAAUGGAUAUAAUGGCACUGUUCUUGCGUACGGUCAAACGGGAUCAGGUAAAACGUACACAAUGGGGACUAAUUAUAACGGAGAAGGGCAUAAUGGAGGAGUUAUUCCUAAUGUGAUAGAAACCAUAUUCUCUAGAGUCGAAGAAGCUAAAGACUCAACAGAAUUUCUGAUAAGAGUGUCGUUCAUUGAGAUUUUUAAGGAAGAAGUGUAUGAUCUUCUGGAUCCAAACCCAGUAACUUUCUCAAAAGUUGAUGGGACAUCACAGGCAAAGCCCGGUGGUCCUGCAAGAGCUCCUAUUCAAAUCAGAGAAACUGCCAAUGGAGGCAUCACACUUGCUGGUGUAACUGAGGCUGAAGUCAGGACAAAGGAAGAAAUGGCUUCGUUUCUCUUGCGUGGUUCUUUAUGCCGAGCUACUGGGAGCACAAACAUGAAUAGCCAAUCCAGUCGAUCACAUGCAAUAUUUACAAUUUCAAUGGAGCAAAAGAGGAUUUCUUUAGCUAAUGGAGAUAUGCAUGAUGCCAAUGAUGAUAUUCUGUGCGCAAAACUCCAUCUUGUUGACCUUGCUGGUUCUGAAAGAGCCAAACGAACUGGGGCUGAUGGGUUGCGUUUAAGAGAAGGUAUUCAUAUCAACAAGGGGCUAUUGGCACUUGGAAAUGUGAUAAGUGCGUUGGGUGAUGAGAAGAAGCGGAAGGAAGGGGGGCAUGUUCCUUACAGAGACAGCAAAUUAACCCGUCUCUUACAGGAUUCUCUUGGAGGAAACAGCAAAACAGUCAUGAUAGCUUGUGUAAGCCCUGCAGACACAAAUGCAGAGGAGACACUGAAUACUUUAAAGUAUGCAAAUCGAGCGCGCAAUAUCCAGAACAAAGCAAUUGUCAACCGUGAUCCAGUUGCAGCACAGACCCAAAGAAUGCGGAAUCAAAUUGAGCAAUUGCAGGCUGAGUUACUUUACUUUCGUGGAGAUUCUGGUAUCCCGUUCGAAGAACUUCAGAUUUUAAAGCACAAGAUCUCUUUGCUUGAGGCAAGCAAUGCAGAGCUACAACGAGAACUUCAAGAAUGUCGAAUCAACUCUAAGCAUCUCUCUCAACGAGCUAUUGAUGCUCAGGUAGAAAAGGAUAAUCUGAUCAUGAAACUGGAAUUAGCACGAAGUGGUAGAUCUUGGGAGGAAAUUGAUGCUGAUCCGAACCAGCGAGAUAUUGGGUUGGUUAAAAAUUAUGUGACGAAGAUCCAGGAAUUAGAAGGUGAAUUGUUUCGACUACAAAAGUCGAAUACUUCCAAACACCAUGAACUUGCAGAUUACCUUAAAUUGGAUGUUGUUGGUUAUGCUCCCAAAAAAUCCUUGUUCGAUCAAUCUGACACCGAAGCUACAGAUACUGAUGGUGAAGCUGAAGUUGAUGUGAAAGAGCUAGAACAUUCUAGUAUUCAGGAAAAAUUGGACAUGGAGCUCAAAGAAUUGGACAAAAAGCUUGAACAAAAGGAGGCUGAAAUGAAGCGAUUUGCUGGUGUCGACACAUCUGUUCUAAAACAACAUUAUGAGAAAAAAGUUCUUGAUUUGGAACAGGAAAAGAAGACUCUGCAGAAAGAGAUCGAACAACUGAGGUGUAAUCUCGCAAAUAUAUCAUCCUCUACUGAUGGCAGUACUCAAAAGCUAAAGGAAAAUUAUCUUCAGAAGUUAAACUUUCUUGAAUCACAGGUUUCUGAGUUAAAGAAGAAGCAAGAUGCUCAAGCACAGCUGUUGAGGCAAAAGCAAAAGAGUGACGAGGCUGCAAAGCGUUUACAGGAUGAUAUUCAGAGGAUAAAGACCCAAAAGGUCCAAUUACAACAAAAGAUCAAGCAAGAAUCUGAGCAAUUCAGAUUGUGGAAGGUGUCACGGGAAAAAGAAGUUCUUCAGCUUAAGAAAGAGGGUCGGAGGAAUGAAUAUGAGAUGCAUAAGUUAUUAGCUCUGAAUCAGAGGCAAAAACUGGUUUUACAAAGGAAGUCAGAAGAAGCAGCUAUGGCUACAAAACGGCUGAAAGAGGUCUUAGAUUCCCGAAAGGCUUCAUCACGUAUGCCAUAUGGUGAUGCAACUAGCAAUGGUCCGAGCAUUCAGGCACUGAUGCAUGCGAUUGAGCAUGAGAUUGAAGUCACUAAACGUGUACAUGAAGUUCGUUGCGAAUAUGAGCGUCAAAUGGAAGAGAGGACUAAAAUGGCUAAGGAGAUGGCAGAGUUGAAGGAAGAGACACAACUUAUUAAGCGAAGUAUACUAAGUGAUUGUCCCUCAGCAAUGUCGCCUGGUGCCAGAAAUUCAAGGAUUUUUGCUCUUGAAAACAUGCUUUCCACGACUUCCAGCACCCUUGUAUCAAUGGCAUCUCAGUUGUCAGAAGCUGAAGAGCGGGAACGAGCUUUUACUGGCCGCGGGAGAUGGAACCAAGUUCGAUCUCUCGCCGAAGCAAAGACAAUAAUGAAUUUUUUGUUCAACCUUGCAUCCUCCACAAGGUGCUCACUAUGGGAUAAAGAAGUGAGUUGCAGAGAGAAGGAUUUAGAAAUAAGAGAACUGAAGGAGAAAGUGGUACAUUUAGUUCGGCAACUGGAAAUGCAGAAGGCUGAAAUUAUACAUCAAGAAAAAUUGUUGAAAACUUCUAUUAAGAACUCUGUGAAGGAAAAGGAUAGCAACUCUGGGGAUUUCAUACAGAACCAGAAAUCACGUGUAUAUGACCUGCGGCUAAAGGCAUCUCAAAACUCCACCAUAUGUGAAGCUGGUGGAUACAUUGCCGAGUUACUAGAGGACAUGGAUACAUCUGAAUCAGAGCAUUCAGAUAGAGAACAUGAUGAUGACCGUGACUGGGAAGUUUCCGGUCCUGAUGAAGGGGAGGACAGUGGCUGGGGGUUUGCUAAAGUUAAAGGAAAUAGGCGUCAAACCAAUCAAAAAGUGUCCAAGAGUGGAACACAUUUAGUUUCACUGUCAACUUCAAGUUCCGUCGUUGAACCAGGAAGUGUGAAUAUGGUGUCUGUAGUUGCGGAAAAUCCCAUCUUGCAGCAAAAAGCAUUUGAUUUAUGCUGCUCAUGUAGCAAAAACUCCUUUUGCAAGACAGGAAAAUGUGAGUGUCGAGCUGCAGGGGGGAGUUGCUGUCUUUCUUGUGGGUGUCAUCCUAAAAAGUGUAGCAAUAGGGAAGAAAAUAUGAUUAAGGAGUUGGGUGCUUUGGCUAAAUUAGAACAGGGUGCAGGCACAGGAAGUGUUUCAAACUCUGAUACAAUAGAUAGUAGCUGCAGUCUUGCUUCUCAUGGUGCAAUGUUACUUCAAACGGCACUUGCUGAAAUUUCUGUCAACACUAAGAAUGACGCUGCAGCAAAGAGAAAGCCAUUGUCUGACAUCGGGAACGCAAUGCCUAAAUCAGAUGCACCUAAGCCUGACAAGAGGAAGAAGUGGCGAAAACCAACAUAUAAAAUUGUUCAAGAUGCUCCACCUUCUCAGCCAGAAAUUUCUGAAGUUCCAACAAGCACUGCAGUCGAGCCUGAUAUUCCUCUUAUAUUACCGAGAGCUAUGAGAUCUAUGUCCUCAAGUACGACUUUGAAAGAAAGGAACUCUGAUCAGCAGCCCAAAGGUCUUGUAGCUACUAAGGAGGCUGAUAGUCCAGCUCCAAGAAGUCCUCGGUUACAAGCAAGACCAGCAGAUGACAAGGAAAAUGGCCUUUGAGUUAUCCGUUUGCUUAUUUAUGUCCUAUAAGAGAAGGUUAGUGUCCUUCUCUUAUAAUGGGAUUUGAGAAACAUAGUUCUAAGAUUUAACCAUCCAUAUAGCUUGAUAUUGGAUUUAUUGGAUUAUUUUUUCUGCACUAUUUAUAAAUGUGUCUGAAGACUCUUGAAAUCAGAAACUAAUGGUAGAUGCUGGAAAGGAUUACAACUUUCAAAUUAUAUUUUCA